CACCCACCGUAUACCACUUUAUAAACGUACUUAGCAAGUCUGUUACACAGUUUUAUAAUAGUAACUAGAGAUAGCCUCGUGUCCACUGAUAUAACAGUACCGUCGAGUUUUCGCAAAGAUUAUGUUGUGUGUUUUUGUUGUCCUUGCAGCUGUAAGUGCGGUACAGAGUGCAUCACUUGCUGGGUGUAGUGCAGAUGAUGGGAAUUACUACCGCUCAGGAGAAACAGUUAUUUUCUCUUGCACUGAGUGUGUCUGUCAGUCAGGUAAGAUAAAGUGCCCAGCAGAGCUGGUGUGUCCGGCUAACUGUCACUAUCAGGGAACUGAACAUGAACAUGGGUCCAGUUGGCUGGCUGGCUGCAACACAUGCCAAUGUGACAACGGGGUUAUCAUUUGUGAUGAGAAACAGUGUCCAGAUAGCUGUAACGUUGACAUGGGAAUGACAAUCAAGAAAAACGAAACCUUUAAACGUGCCUGUAACACUUGCACCUGUGAAGGAAAUGAUAACAUCAGCUGUACGAAGAAGAUCUGUUCCUGCUUCGAUAAUAAAGGAGAAGAAGUGGAAAACGGAGAUUACUACAAGGACGAGAACUGCAAUCAGUGUGUUUGCAGAGACGGUAAAAUUGUAUGUGCCUCUGGAAACUCCUGCAGAAAGGGAUGCUUCUUCAGCAACAUUAGUCUCACGGAUGGACAAAAGACGACCAUCGACGGUUGUCUCGUGUUCGAGUGUAACGAUGGAAAUCCAAUUCUUAUCAACGACAUAUGUGGCUAAUUUUUAUCAACAAGAGAUGAUACCUCGCAUAUCAGUUGGGAUGAAUGCUUUUCAUUGUUUUAGUUCAUCGAUUAGUGAUUACUCUUAAUAGUUUGCAUGUGGAUGUUUGUAUUCAGUGAUUUUCGAAAUUCUACAUGGUACAUAAUAUAUUAAUAUGUACAAUGUGGAAUUUCGAAAAUCACUGAAUUAUAUCAUAAUCAUCAUAGAAGGUUUGGGAAUAAGAGGACGAAGUGAAUGUCACAAAUGUUUAGAAAUAUUAUAAACAUAUCAACGUGUUUUAAUGUAAUACUUAUGAUAAUUAUAUUCCAAGAUAGA